AUGGAUAUCCUUCAACUAUUGGAAAAUGCGAUCUUGAGUCCCGAUCCAACACAAAGAACUCAGGCUGAAAUCGAAUUGAAUGAGGCAGCAAAUAACCACUUUCAGGAGUACAUCUCGCUAUUGAUCGAAGCUUUGAAUAAUGAUGAAGCCAAGACAGAAGUGAGGAUGUUGGCCGGUAUUGGGCUCAAGAAUCAAUUGGUUUCAAAGGAUCAAAGAACUAAAUUGGCCCAACAGGAUCGCUGGUUAAAGUUAAACCCCGAGUUGAAAAAGAAAAUCAAGGAUAAUGCAGUCCAAGGGUUGAAGAUAUCAAAUCAGAAAGUAGCAAGUACCGCUGCUCAAUUGGUGGCUGCUAUUGCUGACAUUGAAUUGCCCAGAGGUGAAUGGCCCGAGUUAAUACCCCUUAUUAUUGAAAACACCAAGAUGGAGAAUCCUGAACAUGUAAAGCGUACAUCACAAUUGACCAUUGGUUACAUCUGCGAAAGUGCCGAUCCAACAAAUGCAAACAUCUUAUCCCAAGCGUCAGGAAUUUUGAUUGCAAUUAUACAAGGUGUCCAAAGUAAUGAACCAUCAAAUUUGGUGAGAAUCACUGCAUUGAAUGCCCUUGUUAACUCUUUAGAGUUUAUCAAAUACAAUUUUGAAACGGAAGGAGAGAGAAACUACAUAAUGCAAGUUGUUUGUGAGGCCACUCAAGCAGACGAUUCGGAAUUACAAGCCAGUGCUUUUGGCUGUCUUGCGAGAAUUAUGUCAUUGUAUUAUAAAUUCAUGGCUCUUUAUAUGGAGAAGGCAUUGUACGGCUUGACUGUAUCCGGUAUGCAAAGCUCGGAUGAAAAGGUUUCUUGCAUGGCUGUGGAGUUUUGGUCUACAGUGUGUGAGGAAGAGUCGGAUAUUGCAAUGCAGAGACUGGAAUUGGGAUUGGAUCCUUUGCAAGAUGCGCAGAAUCCCGAUUUAGUGUCGUAUAACUUUGCAUUGAUUGCGUCCAGUGAAGUAUUACCAACCUUGUUAACAUUACUUACUAGACAAAAUGAAGAUCCUGAAGAUGAUGAUUGGUCGGUUGCAAUGGCCGCUGGUGCUUGCUUGCAAUUGUAUGCUCAAAACAUUGGCAAUUAUGUUGUGGAUCCAACAAUCCAUUUUGUUAGCUCCAAUAUUUCCAAUGCUGAGAACUGGAGGUCAAGAGAAGCAGCAGUUAUGGCAUUUGGCUCUAUUUUAGAUGGUCCAGAUCAUGAACAGUUGAAGACAAUAAUCAGCGAGGCAUUAACACCUAUACUUGGCUUGAUAACUGACUCCAGCUUGCAAGUGAAAGAGACCGUAGCAUGGUGUCUUGGACGAAUUGCUGAUAUGGUUGUUGAUGCUAUAAAUAUUCAAACCCAGUUACCACAAUUGUUGGAAGCUCUAGUGAAAGGCUUGCAAGAUCAUCCAAAGGUGUCAACAAAUUGUUGUUGGACCUUGAUGAAUUUGGUUGAACAAUUGUGUUCUGAUCCCAAUGCUGAAACCAAUGCCAUGUCCCCCUUUUAUCCUACUAUCAUCCCAGUGUUGAUGCAACUCUCUGGAAAAGGAGAUAACGAGUACAGUUCUCGUGCUUCUGCUUAUGAAGCAUUAUCAACUUUUGUCACAUACAGUGCUAAAGACACUAUGGGAGUCGUGCAUAAUAUUGCAUCAGAAGUGUUGUCAAGAUUAGAGUCAACUAUUGAAUUGCAAUCCCAAGUAACAACAACUGAAGAUAAAGGUAACUUGGAAGAAUUACAAACCAACAUAUUAGCAUUAUUGACCACAAUUAUUAGAAAGUUGGACUCAGAAGUGAUAAAUGCCGCCGACAACUUGAUGGAGCGAUUCGUCAAAUUGAUAGCUGCUCAAGAGCCCAAUUCCCUUAUUGAGGAAGACUUAUUUAUUGCGAUUUCAGCAUUGUCAGGGGCCAUAGGUAACAACUUUUUAAAGUAUAUGCCAGUAUUUUUACCAUACUUAACUAGAGCAUUGGAGAAUGUCGAUUCACCAACUGCUUUCACUGCUAUUGGUUUGGUGGGAGAUUUAGCACAAAACCUCGGAUUGCAAAUCAGCGAGUACUUGAAUGGUUUAAUGACAAUACUCGGAAAUACUUUAAGCAACCCUGAUAUAAAGCGUGAGCUUAGACCAGCAAUUGUGUCGGCAUUUGGUGAUGUUGCAGCUGCGAUUGGGCCCAACUUUGAGCCUUAUCUUGAGUAUGUAAUGAACAUAUGUACCGAAGCAGCUUCAAUUGAGCCUGAAGACGGUUCAUUGGAAACCAUUGAUUACGUGCUCAAUGUGAGAGAAUCAGUACUAGAUUGUUUUGUUGGUAUCACAGCCGGGUUUUCCGAUCAACCUGAGAAAUUGUACCCUGUUGUUGGUGGCAUAUUGCAAUACAUCCACAAAGUUGCCUCAGAUCCUCACAUGGCAUCUACUGAAUCAGUUGCUAGGGCGGCCACCGGUUUGUUGGGUGAUAUUGCUGCAAUGUAUCCCCAAGGUCAAUUUAAAGCGUACUUUGAAGCCGAUUGGGUGACAGAGUUUAUCAAAAAGACUAGAUCUAAUGCAUUAUUUGACGAAAAGACCAAGGAUUCCGCAAGAUGGGCCAGAGAGCAACAAAAGAGACAACUACUGAUCCCGGCUGCAAUGGGUUAA